UCAAUUUUAAUUUUUAAUCCCACAUGCAAGUCUUUCUUCAUCCGUUCAUUUCACCCAUACAUAUUUUAAUUCCUUCAUAAAGUCUAAUUUUUCUUAUCAUCCAAUAUGUACAUAAAGCAUAAAUUAUGAUGAAUUAAAUUUGUCAGCUAUGGUCACUUAUACCUACUCAUCGUCGAUCGUCGAAUUGCACUGUUUUUUAUAAAGUAGCAAUUCAACAGGACCAGAAUGGAGCAUUUAUUACCAAGAGUGGCUGAAAGUACAGUCUGCGCUUCUGCAACUCGGAGAAGCACUCCUCGUUCCUUCGAUAAGGAUGCUUCCACACAAGUCAAGGACACCCAAAGCCAUCUCUUGUAUAUGGCUUGUGCAGAGGAAACACCUGCCCCUCUCAUGGGCAUUGGAAAUUUUCACUCGGCAAUCAAAGCCCCUGAAGAGUUGGAAAGCCAGCAGCCGUGGCUUGAAGGCAAGGCCAAGUGCAUCUCCACCCAGUCCGCCCCUGGCAAGAGAAAUUCCAAUCUUCCCAUGAAAAUGACUGUCUCUCGAGCUGCAAAGAGGAAGCUCCAGUUCCCUACGUCUUCGUCUGCAUUAGGUCCUGCAGAUGCAGACGACUGCCUGAUUAAGACUCUUGAGAGCAUUUUCAAUACGGACGUUCCAACAGAUUUCUCACAAUCAGUUUCAUUUGAUAAAAAGUUGCCAAGAACAAAUUCAUUUAGUCAACAAGGCGCCUUUCCAUCCUCGUUCAAGGUUGCUGAGAACAAAUUUUUCAGUGACAACUCUGAAUUAUACACUCAAAACAGUCAAUUGGUUGAAGAUGACAACAAUGAAGAUCACAGUGAUUUUUUGACCUGCAGUUAUUCUCAAUUAGUGGAAAAGUACUGCCCGACGAAUUACGGAGGAAACGAGUCUGAAAGUGACAGUGACCUCACAGCCUCCUGCAGUAUUUUGUCCCCUUUGAUUGCAACUACACCUCCAAAAACUCACACUGGACAAGAUGCCUCAGUCUUCAGCUACAACUUUCAGUCUCUGUCUCAAACUUCACUGCUGGACGACGGUCUGACAAUGGGAGAGAAGAGCAAGUCUCAGGACAGUGCCAUUAACAUGCAGGCUUUCAAGCAGAAACUACUUGAAAUGAACGCUGAAGAGAUCAUGAAAGUAGUGAAGGAGCUCCAGCACUGAGUGAGUACAGAACAUUUUUUGCCGAAUUUCUGCAUUUCGUCAAGAUAUUGAAAUUAUGCACAAAAAGUUGAUUCGAAAAGAAAAACGAGAUAGGUUUAUGUUACGCUGGACUGCGGCAGGCCCUUUUAUUUUUAACAUUGAGACACGUGAACAAUAUUGUACGUUAGCAACAUAAAUUAUACAUAUAAUAUAGUAUUUGAAAUGUAAAGUCAGGUGUGAAUAAUUAGCAAGUCAUAGCUAAGUAUUAUUUAAAUAUAGCAUAUCACAAUCAUACAGAAUAAUGCACAAUUAUUUUCCAUUCAAACUCAGAUAGAGGAUGCAGCGUUGAAGAGUAGCUCUCAAAUUUUUAUUCAAAGCGACGCGAGUUGCUGAUCGUUUUCUUCAACUGCUCGUAAGUGAUCCAAAGCACAAUGUUCCAGCUCACCAGGCGAUAGAACGAAGGGGUGAAUCUUUAUAAAAUUCAAAGUUAUUAUUAUAAUUUAAAUAUAAUUAGAUCGACAUACCCUUUAUAAAAGGCAGAAUGUCCUUCUUGAGAAAACAUGCGGAUGGCGCAGUCGAUGGCGCCCUUGUAAGUGCCGGGCGCUGAGUUCAUGUAACGAGUUUUAACCACAUCCACGGGAGAAGCGAAAACGGUUGUGCAAAAUCCUAUUAAAAAUAGAUACAAGAUUGUAAUUAAUUGUAAUUACAAAAUGAAAGUAAUUUACGCACCUGCAAUCACAGCCGAGGUAAAAUGGCAUGGAACGUUGUCUGUCAUGAGGUUGUUCUUGAUGAUGGUUUCUUUGAUGAUGUCGUAGCAAACGAUUUCGGACACGUUGACAAUUGCGUUGCGACCAACAUUGGGGAAAGUUCCUGAAAUUAAAUUUUUUAAAUUAAUUUGAGGAUUAAAAAUAAUUAAUUUGCAAUUAAGGAAAAACAUACCCUUCCACAAUCCACGCGCGCCCUCUUUUUUCGCAAUCGUUUUGUAAGCCUGAAGGGUGCUCUUGUAGCGCGGAGACGAGCUGUUUUUCUGGGCAGCUUGGAAUCGAACUUUGACCACGUCAGUGGGUUGCGCCAAAAGUACGGCAAGGGCGCCUGUGGUGAAGCCAGCGGCAAUGCGAGUGCCAACGUGAAUCGAUCCAGCAACUUUUGGGUUUCCUGGGAUUAAAACAAAAUAAUUAUAAAAUCAAUAUUAACAAAAAUAAUGAAUUAAAAAAUUCAAGGAAAUAAUUUAAAAAAAUCGAAAAAAUUUAAAUUAUAAAACGAACCUCCGUCCAAAAUCUGCUGGUAGAAGGCCUUGGUAGUGUCGUAGAGGCCCAAGCGCACAGAAGCAAAGCACAUCUGUCUCUGGAGACCAGCAGAGAGACCAUUGUACAGGCUCCUGCAUUGAUACAUUAUAUUCCACGCGCAACAACCAGAGGGCUGUGCUUAUUUACCUGGCGCCUUCCUGGCGCGCCAUGGUCGCGAUUGUGCCCACCAGGCCACGGUACUGCGGACCAGCCGGCACCACCACAGCUGCCUGACCGGACGUGGCCAUGGCUGCUGCGAUAACGGCUCGACCCUCGCCUUGCACCUAAAUUACAAACAAAUCACAAAAACACUUUAACUUAUGAAUUCAGAAAAGGGAUAAAAUGUCAAAUUAAAACUUUUCUUUUGUUUUAUAAAAAUUUCAAAAAAUUUAAAAUGAAAGUACCAUAAAAAUGCCGCAAAUUUUUUAAUUAACAUGUAACUAAGUUUUAAAUUUCCAGUCAAUUUUUUUUUAAUAUCAAGAGUUUUUUCCUCCAAUAAAUCUGUAAAUAUCUUUUAAACAAAGACCAACUCAAGUUAAAGGAUAACAACCAAAAUGUUUAAUUAAAAUAUUUUUAAUUAUGAUUAUAAUUUUAUUACCUGCAGACGAACUUUGGCGGUGUCAAGAGGGAAAGUUACGAAGUCGGCCACGCAUGCUGCGGUGCCCGCCGUCAGCAGCUUGACAUAAAGAGGGCUCUCGGUCACAGUGACGGCCGUAGUUGGUAGUUUGGGGAUUUGCGACAUCUGAUUUAGAAUUCAAAAUAGUAUGAGGCUGAGCUUCGACU